UCUUCUUUCUGCUAUUAAUUUUAGGGUUUUUACCUAAGCUGGGCCAUUUUUGUAUUAUUAUAUAUUAUUACAACUAUUUUGCAAAUCAGCAAUGGGAAAGACUAGUAAAGGGAAAGAUGAAUCUAAACACGCUGAUAGAAAGUAUGAAAAGAAACUUGAGUUUUAUGCUAAGGUUAGAGAUACAGUUGCUUUAGGUGCUCAAAAGGCUAUCAAAAAGAAGAAGAAACACAGAAGCCGACCAAAGAAAUUGAAAGCAUUCAAUCUUUCUUCCCUAGCAGAGUUCCUACCUGACUUGAAGCCUUCCAAGCAAACAACUCCUGCUGAUUUCAAAGUUACAACUAAAUCAAGGCAAAAGCUUGUAAUGAAGGAGUCAAAUCAAUUGAAAACAGUUCUUAAUGAUCCUGUUUUCAAAGCUGAUCCGUUGGCAGCUUUACACCAACAUUUACAAAGCACACAGCCUGUUUCAGAUGAGAAACCGCCACGAAGGUAUGAUACCAGAAAGAAAAGAAAGAACAACAAGAAAAAGUCUAAAGGACCAUCCGGAACCCAGUCCAUGGAAGAAUGAUCCAAAAAACUGGUAGUUCUUUUAUAUCUUUUUUGUCCGUUUUGUAAUUUCUUUAUGCAAUUUGAACAUCAGUUGCUAGCUUUAUGCAAGUAGACGGUGUGUUCUAUUAGCAAUAUCUACUUUAAUGCCGAGUAAAUAUUGGUAAUACGGUUGGAAUA